AUGGCUCCUGCGCCUACCGACACAGAAUGGACCGUAGGGUUCGAUACCCUUCGGCGAGAAAACCUUUUCAAGAAUCCGCCAAAAGAUAAAUCCCCUUAUCCCAUGCUACAGGCGGCCAUCCGACCUCACGUCGAUUCAUUCAAUGCGCUUUUCGGAGAAAGCAAGAUCAUGGAGGAGGCUCUGGCGGAUAUGGGAACCAAGACGUUCUUGGAUGGCGAUGUUGAGACUCCAGAACAGCGAAAAUUACGAAAGGCUCGAGGUGGCGCACCUCCACAACGCAACAGUCUUAAUUUGCGCAUCACGGAGCUGUUCCUUGACAAGGCCGUGCUGCCGCCAACCAACAAAUUCAUCCCUCAGAACGACAUGCCACAUAUCGAGGACGAUUGCGCGCAAGGCUUCAAUACCAAGUCAAUAAUGGAGAAUGGCGCGAGUCCGUACGAGAAUUGGGUCAGCCCCCAGGAACUCGUUGAUCAUAAAGAAGAGUCCGAAGAAUUGGGUGGUUAUUUCGUUGUCAAUGGAAACGAGAAGCUUAUCCGAAUGUUGAUCAUGCCCAAGCGCAACUUCCCUAUGGCCAUCAAUCGACCUUCCUUUCAAAAACGUGGUGCCGGUUUUACCAGCUUUGGUGUGCAGAUUCGAUCCGCUCGACCCGAUCAAACUACACAGACCAACGUCCUUCAUUAUCUGUCCGAUGGAAAUGUCACAUUCCGGUUCUCAUGGCGAAAGCAAGAAUAUCUUGUACCUGUCAUGCUGAUUUUGAAGGCGCUUGUCGAGACCAAUGAUCGCGAAAUCUUUGAAGGCAUUGUCGGCAAUGCCUCAUCAAAAGGAUCUGCCAACACUUUCGUCACCGACCGAGUUGAACUGCUGCUUAGAACAUUCCAUGGUUACAACCUCUAUUCUCAAGCAGAUGCCAGGCGUUACCUUGGCAGCAAGUUUCGACCUGUCAUAUUUGCACCAGCUACGUGGUCGAACGAGGAGGCUGGUGCUGAGUUUCUACGCAAAAUUGUGUUACCACACCUUGGCAACCAAAACGUGACGGCCACACAAGACUACGACAAAUUUAAACUGAUUCUUUUCAUGAUCCGAAAGCUCUACGCCUUUGUUGCUGGCGACUGUGCCGCGGACAAUCCUGAUGCUGUUUCUAAUCAGGAGGUCAUGCUUGGUGGUUACGUUUACGGCAUGUUGUUGAAAGAAAGGCUUGAAGAAUGGUUGUUGAGUUUUGGCAGACUCCUUAGGGACUGGUCAUACAAGGGCGGCAACCUCAAAUUUACGGAUCCUUCCUUCGAAAAGGACUUCAUUUCCAAGGUUAUCAAACGCACAAAUGAGAACUUAGGUGGAGCUUUGGAGUAUUUCUUGUCGACGGGUAAUUUGGUCAGUCCAACUGGAUUGGAUAUGCAACAAGCCACUGGUUUCACUGUUGUUGCUGAAAAGAUUAACUUCUAUCGAUUUAUUGCUCACUUCCGCAUGGUCCACAGAGGUACCUUCUUUGCUCAACUCAAGACCACGACAGUGCGUAAGCUGUUGCCCGAAAGUUGGGGGUUUAUGUGUCCUGUCCAUACUCCUGAUGGCUCUCCUUGUGGAUUACUCAAUCAUUUGGCUCACAAGUGUCUUAUUUCGACGAACGACUUGGACGUUGCGCAUAUUCCCCGUGUCUUGGCGCAAUUGGGCAUCAAGACCGAAUCAUCGGCUGAGGUUACUGAGUCUGUCUGUAUACAAUUGAACGGACGUAUUAUCGGUUACUGCUCACCAAAGCAGGCUAAGAUGAUUCACGACACCCUACGGUUCUGGAAGGUCGAGGGUACGCACGAUAUUCCCAAAGAACUUGAGAUUGGCUACAUCCCGAACAUGAACGGUGGCCAGUACCCCGGUAUUUACAUGUCCUCACAACCAGCACGAAUGUACCGCCCUGUUAAAUAUUUGGCACUCGACAAACUCGACUAUGUGGGGCCUUUUGAGCAGCCGUUUAUGGAAAUUGCUUGUUUGGAGGAGGACAUUCGUUCCGGCCUCUCAACACACAUCGAGUUCACACCAACCAACAUGUUUUCAAUUAUUGCUAACAUGACACCAUUCUCUGAUAACAAUCAGUCGCCCCGUAAUAUGUACCAGUGCCAGAUGAGUAAGCAGACUAUGGGUACUCCGGGAACCUCAAUCGCCUACCGCACCGACAACAAGUUGUACCGACUCCAGACCGGUCAGACACCAAUCGUUCGAUCACCAUUAUACAACGCCUAUGGCUUGGAUAACUUUCCUAACGGGGCAAAUGCUAUAGUCGCCAUAGUCAGCUAUAGUGCUUUUGAUAUGGACGAUGCUAUGAUCAUCAACAAGUCCUCGCAUGAGCGUGGAUUUGGACAUGGAACGAUUUACAAGACUAAAUUCUACAAUCUAGACGACAAGGAUUCGCGACGAAACAAGUCUAAACGCGAGAUCAGCAAGCUUUUCGGAUUUGCUCCAGGCGCCGAAAUCAAGGCUGAAUGGCGCACCACACUCGACGAGGAUGGUCUGCCUCACCCUGGUGUCAAGAUCAAGGAAGGUAGCUAUGUUGCAGCUUGGUAUAGCGUCCGAUACGAUGCCGGUAGUGACUCGUAUGUAAACGUUGACGGACAAACUCAUUUCCUCAAAUACAAAGAUGCAGAAGAAGGAUACAUCGACACCGUCCGUCUUGUUGGAAAUGAGAACGGAAACGAGCCACUACAAGCGAUUAGUGUCAAGUUCCGUCUCCCGCGUAAACCCAUUGUGGGUGACAAAUUCUCGUCCCGACACGGCCAAAAGGGAGUAUGUAGCCAGCUGUGGCCUGCGAUCGAUAUGCCUUUCUCCGAGAGCGGUAUCAUGCCUGAUUUGAUCAUCAACCCUCACGCUUUUCCUUCUCGUAUGACAAUCGCCCAAAUCAUCGAAUCCAUGGCCGGCAAAGCCGGCGCUCUUCACGGUCACCCGGUAGACUGCACACCCUUCCAAUUCAACGAAGAAAACACCGCAGCCGACUACUUUGGCCACCAACUCCGCAAAUCAGGCUACAACUACCACGGCAAUGAACCCAUGUAUUCCGGAGUAACUGGCACAGAGUUUGCCGCCGACAUUUACCUCGGUGUCGUCCACUACCAACGUCUCCGACACAUGGUUAACGAUAAAUUCCAAGUCCGUACCACUGGCCCCGUGAACAGCGUCACCGGACAGCCGGUCAAGGGUCGUUCGAAGGGUGGCGGUAUCCGUGUCGGAGAGAUGGAGCGUGAUUCCUUGCUGGCGCACGGUUGCGCGUUCUUGCUGCAGGAUCGAUUGAUGAACUGCUCUGAUUCUACGCGUGCCUGGAUCUGUCGUGACUGCGGCUCAUUCUUGUCUACUCAGGUUGCCGUUUCCUCCACUGGUUCGUCCGCUUUGACUGCCGGAGCAAGCAAAGCCGCUCUUGCAGCAGCUGCAAAGGCUACACCAAACAACCAAGUCAUCACAUCCAAUACUUCGCGCAUAAGUUCCGUGAACGCUCUCGGCGGCACAAACGGUAUCGUGCGAUGCCGUCGUUGCGCACGCGAAGCUGUCUUCGACGAUUCGCGCGCCAUGAUCUGGGAGGAUGGCGAUGGCAACCGCUUCGUUGGUGGUGACAAUGUUACCGUUGUCGUUGUGCCGGGCGUGUUGAGGUAUUUGGACGUCGAGUUGGCGGCUAUGGGUAUCCGUCUGAAGUUCAAGGUUGAUCACUAG